UCGAGCCGUUCGUGCUGCGCUGGGGUGCAUUCGAUGUUCAGUUGUUGUGAUCACCAGGUGAACGAAGGUUGUGCCGCGGACAAAACCAACUGGAUACAGGAUACACCCAAAGCUGAAGAAGAUUCUCCUAUGUCCGGGAAACUGAUUAUGAAACGCAAACGUGCGGAUCAGCUAAGAACCCAGCAGGCUGAGGAGCAGCAGGACAAGGAGCUGGACCAGGAGGCAACUGGCGAGAAGCGCCAUCGCUUGGAAUUGGAGCCCAGAUCGGAUACACCACCAGCGCAGCCGUCUGAUAGCCCGCCAAAUGAUAUUGGAGAUGCGCCCAACAGCAUUUUGCUCGAGGCACUGCAAAAGAUCAUGGAGCUGCAGUCAGAGCUGGACUCGUUUGAGCAGGAUUUGGACGAACGCGAGGCCAGCGCGUUCGACAGCGACGAAGAAGUCCUCGAGGGUGCCGAGCUGGCAGCCAACUUUCCAGCGCCAACCCGACGCAGCGAAGCAGAGGCCCUGGGCUUUGCCAUGUGUGCACGCGAAACGCUGCUCUUCCUGCAGAGCGAGGGUGUCUCCACGGAGUCCGUGCUGUACAAGGCGCUGCUCGGCAAGCUGGUAGGUCAAAGCGACGGACUAUUACAUGCCUAAAAGAAGGCACCAACGAUCCCUAUUCGGGACAUUCUAGUCAGUUUAAUGUACAAUUUUAUUGUACCUAAAACGAACAUUGUGGAUGCCUGAGGACAUUGGAUAAGGGCUCCGCAACGCAAUCCUAAAGACGAGGGAGAGUUUCAACUUUUACUACAAAUUUUAGUUUUUAGGGUAUUUACUCUAGUCAGUUAUUGUGAAGCAAUAUAAAAACUAAACUAUAUU